CAGCGCUCCCAACAGAGUUUUCUCCAUAUCCAGGAUUGAACCGUCGACCUCUGAUUAAGGGCGAAGCAGCCCAUCCACUGAAGCACAACAUUGUGAAUAUCGACAAAGCAAAGCAACCAUUCAGUAAAUCAGAAGAAAACAAACUAAGUAAUUUCUAAGAAUUAAUCACAAACUUAGCACCUAGUUCUUUGAAGGUUCUUGCACGUGUAAAAUCAUUAAUUAAAUUGAAGGAAACGAAGUCAACUCUCAUGUAUAUGUGACAAAAAAAAAAAAACAAUAUGUAUAUAAACCCCAUUUCUCUCUUCACAUUUCCACAGUACUACAAAUCAACACAAUUUUCAAGCAUUCUCAAUUUACACAGUCACCUAGCUUUUUCUUCCUUCUAUUUCCAAAAGAUCAUAAUGUCGAAAAUCACCCUUUCCCUAAUUUUUUUUCUCUUCAUGAAUAUAUUUAUCUUCUCAUUUGUUGGGGCAGUGAAGGGGACUAGUAGUGUUACACAACCUCGUGCCAACAAAUUGGUGGAGGCGCAAUGCCGGAGCACUCGUUAUCCAAAGUUGUGUGUGUCUUCUUUGUCAAACUAUAUCACAACAACAUCUGAACCCCAAGAGCUAGCUCAUGUAGCGUUAAAAGUGAGCUUAGCUAAAGCUAUCUACACAAGAGCCUACGUGAAGAACGUUUGCAAACAACUCGAAAAGACUAAGUCGUCCAAGGACUAUCAAGCUGUGAAAGAAUGUUUGAAUCAAAUCUCAGACGGAGUUUCUUUGCUUUUCAACUCGGUCAAAGAGCUACACCAUUUGAGUUUAGACAAGGAAAGUGAGUUUGUAUGGCAUAGGAGUAAUGUUCAAACUUGGCUUAGCACAGUGUUAACUAAUGCUUUCACUUGCAUGGAUGGGAUCUCUAGCUACAAAUUGGGUGGUUAUAAAGUAAAAGCUACAAUUAAGGCUAAGGUUUUAAAUGUUGCACAAGUCACUAGCAAUGCUUUAGCUUUGUUCAAUGGAUAUGCUGUUAGGCAUAAGGAUUCUCAUCACUCAAACUCUGGCAAAAUUAACAAGCCUUAGUAUAUUUUGGAAGCUCUUGAAUUCAAACUCUCUGUAUUUGAUUUUUUAUUUUUUUUGUUAUGUAAGUCAAAACGUAUGUAACUUCAUUAAUUCUAUCUGUAAAAUAGCUUUUGAUA